AUGAGAAGCAGCAAAGCCACCGGUAGCCACGCUAGCAAAGGUGCUGUGAGCGAUGGACAGAUUCUGGCACUCAAAAAUGAUGAAGUUACUGAAUAUGCCCAACCCACUUUCUCACCUUACAAGAGUGAAAACGGACUCGUCACGCUCAAGUUCGGCAAACGUAUGGAAAGUUACUCAGUUCCCGUACGCCUUAUUGAGGAGAUACCAGAGCUAGAAGCUCGUCAAGACUUCAUGGUGGAUCGCAUCAUCUGGCUUACUGAGAUAGAUGAGGAUGUUGGCCACACCCUUGUUCACUACCUGUAUACUGGAGAGUAUCAAACUCUUCGGGAGUCCGAGCACAAGCGCCAUACGGAAUACAAGCGAAGUGUCUUGGUUUACUGUGCCGCUUCCAAUUUGGAAAUGGUUGGCCUAGGCGAUAUGGCCCUUGGACAUAUGGAACACUUUGCGAACUCGGUCGAUAUUUAUCAGAUCCUCAACUUGGCUAAAACGGUGUACAGCAAAGUACCGUGUUGGGAUGUUUGGUUUUAUGACCACAUCGAAACAAGACUGGAAGUGGCCUUCCAUGCCGACGAGUCCAUUUUUGAAAAGCCAGAGUUUUUGGAUUGUUUUGGAGGGGAUCGCGAAUUGGACAAGGUUAUGGUGGAGACCAUGGUAUCUUUGUAUGGCAAGAAGACGUCGAUUUCCGAACGAGAUGAUAAACUCCAGCGUGUCCCUGAACAGAGUGUUCGUGAAGUGUCGCCCGCCAUGGAACGCCGACUCGCCCAAUGCUCCAUUUCCCCAGCUUCUACGCCCGUUGGAUCCGAGCCUUAUGUCAAGCUUGAGCCUGUUGUGUCUCCACUAGUACUUGAGGUUGAUUGCUUCGGGAAGACCGGCGGAGUGUCCUUGAAGCGAAGUGGCAGCUUCUCCGACGAUUCUAGGAAGAAGAGGAAGGUGAACGGGAUUUUGGGAGAGUUUUGA